AGAUUUGUUUUAUUUGAUGUUAAAUUCGACAAUACAAAUACAAACUCAAAUUCAAGCCCUCACUCUCUUACAUCUCUUUCUCUCUCCUCUCUCCUCUCUCCUCUCUCUUCUCUCUCCAGAAGGCAAAACCCUAAAAGACCUGUUUGCCCACACACAACUCCCAUGGAUGAUGAUGGAUUAAACAUGCGGAAUUGGGGAUAUUACGAACCUUCAUUCAAAGAACACCUCGGCUUACAACUAAUGUCUCCAAUAGUCGACCACAGAGACACAAAACCCUUCCUCUCAUCACGUGAAAACCCAAUCAUAAUGAACCCAAACAUGACACCAUAUCAUCGCUCUUCAAUCCCAUCUGAGCCACCAAUCCCACUUCACUACAUGAGAGAUGGUUGGAUCCAAAGAGAAAGACUCCUCCAUAUGCUUCCAGGAAACCCUAGUUUCUCAAUCAUCCCCGAUACUUCCACCUCCCAAUCAAUGCACAUGAUGCCACCAGCUCCACCACCCGAUUCCACAAAAGAACUCGGAAUGAACCUUGAAGACCUCCAAGCACCACCUGACGGCAGUGACACUGGUGGCGGCGGUGGUGGUGGUGGUUCUGUAAAGAAAAGAGGAGCAGGAGCCACAGUGAGUGCUACUCCAAAACAACCAAGAGCUAAGAAACCAAAGAAAGCAGCUUCUAUACCAAAAGAAACAGGGAAUCAAAGGUCAAAAUCAAUCAAGAGGAAUAUGGAUGUGGUGAUAAAUGGAAUAGACAUGGAUAUAUCUGGGAUUCCUAUACCUGUUUGUUCAUGUACAGGGGUCCCACAACAGUGUUACAGAUGGGGUGCAGGUGGGUGGCAAUCAGCUUGUUGCACCACCACCAUAUCCAUGUAUCCACUACCAAUGAGCACAAAACGCAGGGGAGCUAGAAUUGCAGGGAGGAAGAUGAGUCAAGGGGCAUUCAAGAAAGUGUUGGAGAAACUUGGAUCUGAAAGCUAUAACUUUGCUAAUGCAAUUGACCUAAGGGCACAUUGGGCAAAACAUGGCACAAACAAGUUUGUCACUAUCAGGUAAACUGAAAACUGAAAGACUUGUUUGGUGUUUUAACUUGUAUAUAUAUGUCUGUGGCCCUUUGCAGAGGUUAAAAUGGUAAUUUUUACCUCUGUUAAUCCAUGAAUUUUCGGGUCAUGAAUCAUGAUACCCAGUUUUUCAGAGCAUUUAGAUGUUUGAGGUUACUAUAACAUUGUUUCAAAUUAUGCUAAAAAAAUGCCAGUUUCUUGGCUCUUAUUAAUGGUAGAAUUAUGGUUCUUUUUA